AGUGGAAAACGGCGCAUGAACUUCAUUAAAUACGUUAGAGUUCCUUUUGUCGUAGUAAGUGUGCUGUAUUCGAGAUAACAACUUGCCUAGGAGGUUUCAGGAUGUCAUCAAAGAAGAAAAGCGAGUCAAAGCACAAACAGGACGCAAAUGUCUCGGCUGAGAGCGCAGAACAGGGUGAAUCACAUGAGAUGCUUUUACACAGGGAAUAUGAUACUCUUACUGAGAACCUGAGCACACUGAAGAGGAGAGUUGAACUACUACGUAAAGAAAAUGAGUUUCUUCAGAACGAGGUAGAUCAGACACGUAAAGAAAAUGUAGAGUACAUCUCAUAUCUUUCUAAGAAGGCAGAGAAGAGACAGAAUGCUAUAGUCACUCAGAGUGAUCAGAGCCAUCAGGAACUUGAGGAGCUGCAGAGACAGAGACAGAACAUGCAGGAUAAACAUGAGGAGAAGAAGAACGAGUUGCAGAGAGAGAUCCUGCAGACGGAAAAUCAGCUGGCAAAGCUAAAUAUUGAAAUUGCAGACCUAAAAGAGGUUAAGACUCUACAACAGCAGCAGUUGUGUUGUAUCACUGAGCUGGAGAGGGAGCUAACUUCUUUGCAGUGUCAUCAUUCAAAGACUCUGGUUGCUCUCAAGGCUGAUUUCAAUAGAAAGAUGAAGAGCCAGGAGCAACAGGCAGAAUACCAGGUGCAAGCUUUGACUAUCUCAGCCAACAAGGAGGUAUCUCACUCCAUGAUGUCCUUUACAAAUGUGGUGUAUCAGGAGAAUAAAAGCCUGUGUGAGGAGUUAAAAAACCUUGUCCAUAGAGAUGAGGCUCUAAGCAGUCAAUUGGUUGCUCUACAGAAUCAUCAACGACAACUGUUGCUGGAGCGCGAGUAUGUGCAGAAGCUUCGCACCCAGCGUAUUUCCUCAUGCUCAAAAUCUACAACACCAGCGGCUGCAAACAACAAAGAACACCCCCAGCGCAACCACCAAUAACUGGAGCCAGUUCAAUUACAACAAGGGAAUUGUUUCAUGUCAUUUUUCCCCAGUCACUUUCAAUAAACAUAUGAAUACUAUUGU